AUGGGCUCAACUCAAUCUAAAUCAGCACAACCUGUGAUUUUCUACAAUCAAAGUUCUCCUCUUCAGUUUUCUCAAGCCGUCGAAGAACCUGUAAAGAGCACAAAGGAAGUUCCAGCUAUAUCAAAUGAAAAGAUUGAGAAACUUGUUCGUGAGCGGGUUGCUGAGGAAUUGAAGCGUAAUAGAGAUGAACAAGAAAAAGUCAAUCAACGUGCUUAUGGCGAUUUAGCUAAGAAAAAUAUUCAAAACGACCAUAAUUCAGUUGCCAUGAGCGAAGAUAUCGAGAACAUGAUCCAAAAAUUACAAAGAUCUGCACCUGCUGAUAUUCCUGCCAAUAUUGCCGAACGUCAAGAAGAGCUUAUUGUUUGUUACAAGUAA